UUAAAUGCAAACCUAUGUAUUUCUUUAUUAGUUUAUUAACAACAUUCAGAUUCCUAAAUGCAACAAGGAGAUGAGGAAAAAUAGAUGACUGAACGAAUUACUGCAGCACUUAAAAGGCUUCAUUAAAAGUCUUUUAUGAAAGCCCGGCUCUGCAGAUAGAACUGGUCAGCGCUCCUUUAGGCCAGAGAGACAGUUUGCUCUGCGCAAUGCGGACACUCGUUCUGGCCAAGCUCCAACCAAGAUCAUUCAAAAUGAAUUUAGUGGAAAGUUAAGUUCUUUUUCUUGGUGCGUAAUUAGGUUUUUCUCUUUCUGUGUCUUAAGAUGUAAAUUAACUGAUUCUGUCAUUCAUUGCCCUGUUUUUUUUUACAGUCCACAAACAAUAAGGCCACUGCACUUGAAAUGAUUUGCUGUGCUCAGGCAUUAUGGCUUCAAAUCAUGUCAUUUCACUGUGUAAGGAUGAUCGGUUGACCAUUACACUGUCAGCCUUCAUCUCACUAAAAAUGUACGUUUAGCAAUUCUUCUUACUAAUGCGCAUUGGCUAAAUGUCCGGCAUCGAAGCGCAGCGGGGAGUUUUCAACAUUAAUGUUAGGUUCCUGUGACGUGGUGGAACGCCCAUCGCGUUGGCUGGUGAUGCGCUGGCGUCCCCAGGGAACAUUCAUCUGGUUUCCCUUUAACUAAUUGGGAGAAAGGGAGGAGGUCAGUGGGAUGAAAAAGGGAGGCAGAGUCGGAAGAAGACAGACUGUGUGAGAGCACGGACAAAUGAGAGAGGCUUAAUUGAAUGAAACCCUCUCUGGGUCUAAGAUGCUAUAAACAAGGAGGAAAUUUAAGGCGCGGGCCGUUUCUUAUUGAAUCGCUGCGGAGGACUCGGUAGCCUCUCUGUCUUUGGCUUUAUUGUUUACAACAUUACCCAGUAGCCCCGGCUCUCCCAUGCCUUCAAUUUCAACAAAGCUGAACCCUCUGAGUGGGAUCCAUCUCCACCUAAACUGAUUAGCAUGAUGAUAGUACACUGAGGCUCAUCCCCCUCCCUGGCUCCCUAUUCGACGCUAGCACACACAGCAUAUUCCUGAUGAAGCAUCCUGCUGUUUAAACUCUGGCUGAUCUGUCUCGCUGCAAGCCUUAAAUCAGCCUUAUGGGCCAUUUUAGAAAUUACUGCCAUUAAGAACUGCAUACAUACAGUUUUCUCCCAUUUGUGCUCAGAAAAGCAGGUCUUGCUCAUACGCAUCCAUGGGUUUCUGCUGAUCCCGAUGCCAGAAUAUUAAAUUAUACGAGGAGCGCCCUGUUGUUACUAGACUAUAAAGUCAGAUUGACAUCGUUUAAAUUAUUUUAAAUUCAUUAGCUUGAACUAGUCAAUGCAGGCCUUUCUUCUGUUGAACAUUUUAUUUUUUUUACCUUGUGUUUUGCCUUUUGUCUAAAAGGCCUGAUCAGAGGUCAGCCACCAGCUUACUGCAAGUUAAUGUCUAUGAAAUCUAGAUGCUUAGAACUGAACAGGACCCGAUCUGGACCAGGACAUCGCUGAGGUCCUGUAUGGCUGUGUUCUAUACAUAGCCCAGGAACGGGACUGUGCCACCUCUGUAGGGUCCAUGCCGCCUGUAACGACGCUGACCCGCAAGGCACUUGCAAAACUAGUUAACAGUCGCAGGAGAAACACUUGAGCAGCCUCCAGCUGUGAAGCUGUGAAGCUGUAAAGCUGUCAGCGGCCUCCAGCUCCACCUUCCUGGUUUAGGAGUCUUCUGUUGUUCGUCCUCUAGUGCACCUGCUGUUAAUUUCAUUAACACCAAAGCAGCUGAAACUGAUUAACACCCUGUCUGCCACUUAACAGACAAGAUCAAUAUCCCAGAAAUGUAAUUGGCCUUUUGUUAAACUGAUGUUUGAAAGGUUUACGUAGUAUGCACACAUACUGUACAAGUGUCUUAGAUGUGUGGGCUUAGUUGGGUGUGCAGGGUUCAGGUGGUAAAACAUGAUCCAACCACUCACACGGUCCUGAUGAAACCAGCUUAGUUUUUCAUCAUUAAUUGCACAUUUGUAAAAGCCAUGUUUUAAUGUUUAGAGAACGAAAAGUGCGUGUUGAGUUGUGUCGACUCCAAUGCUUUGUAGUAAAACACAACAAGUUCAACAUGCUCUAAGAUGGACCCGAGAAACAUUUUAAAACAUCCCUGAUCAAAUUAGAGGGGAUCAUUUUCAUGUAACACUUUUGUAAUGAUAAUAUCCAGAGCUUAAGUAAUAAAAGAAGGAGCGAAAUCUGCGUCUUGUCAGCGUUUACGAUGAGAAGCACUCGCAUGAUUAGAUGUCCUGCGAUCGAUGCAGCCUCUUCUCCCAAUCAUUAGGUCUGCUCUUAACAGAUUACAGCCCCCCCCCCCUAAAAAACACAGCCUUUGCUCCUCCUCUUCCUGCUUCUUCUGUCACACGUUCUGCCUUUUUCAGCACAAAGACCAGAGCACUUACCUCUUAUCACUACUUUAGCUCGUUUUGAAUUUCUGCCAGUUUAGGCACGUCCUGACUCACACUUCACCUCGUUCCCCUCAGACAACUCUGGUCUGGUUCGUCCCGAGCUCUGUUAAUGGUCAGAUGAUCAGGCGGCGCGAUGAAAAACAAAACUACCUGAAGCACUAGAGGUGGUGGCGAAAAGGCUGCAGUCGUCGAGGAUGGAUCUGCUAACAAUCUUCUGUCACCUCCUGCUUCUCUGCUUUGACUCAUCUGUUGCUACAAGCCUCAUUACAGCGGAUCUCUUUGAAGCACGAGGUCAGCGCGUGUGCAGGGCAGGAAAAGGGAAGCCGUGCUACAAGCUGGCCUACUUCUCGGAGCUGCGGCGGCGGCUGAACUUCGCGGAGGCGGAGCUGGCGUGCAGGCGGGACGGGGGGCGGCUGCUGAGCGUGGAGUCCGCGUCCGAGCAGAGGAUCAUAGAGCAGCUCAUCACGGAGCUCCGCCCGACGGAUGGAGAUUUCUGGAUCGGCCUGCGCCGUAACCAUGGAGACGAGGACAACGCCUCGGACUGCUCCCCACACUACUACUGGGUGGACGGCAGCAAGUCCACGUUUAGGAACUGGCACUGGGACGAGCCGUCGUGCGGCUUUGAGGUCUGUGUAGUGAUGUACCACCAGCCGUCCGCCCCCCCAGGUCUGGGAGGCCUCUACAUGUUCCAGUGGAACGAUGACAACUGCGAAACCAAGAACAACUUCAUUUGCAAGUACACAGCAGAGAGGCAUCCAGAGCCGUCCCCUCUCCCCAACUUCACCCAACCAGAUGUGUUCCCGUCUCCUGUUCCAGCUGACCACACCCAGGACAGAAGUACAGCUGUGAGUUUGGUUUAUAUUAUAAUUCCCACUAUUCCACUGAUACUGCUGCUACUGACUGUGACUGGAGUCUGCUGCUUCAAGCUGCUUGUCAGACGAAAGAGGAAAGAGCAAAAAUCGGAAGUGUGCCAGACAGAACCGGGCCUCUGCCCCAGCCUGACCCCAACCGAGGUCUACAACGUCAUCCGCUCCCAGAAGGACGAUGACCUGGCUUCAGCCCGUCCACACACCAAAAACACCUCCUUCCUGUGUUCCUCCCCCGACACGCCGACCGGUGACUACGACAACCUCGGGGGCCGCGACACGGAGAGCGGCUUCGUGACGCUGGCGAGCACCGAGAGCUGCUUCCUCAACUUUGACCUCAACGACCUCAGCCUCGGCCGCCGCGCCACCCGCGACUUCUGCGACAGCAGCCUGGGCCGCGCGGCCAAGAGGGACUUUAAUGACAGCAGCCUGGGCCGCGCCGGGAACAGAGAGUUUUAUGACAGGAGCCUGGGUCGUCGCACAACGAAGAGCGAGCACUACGGCAGCAGCGCGUACAAGGACCACAGACUGUAUGAUGACUCUGUCAGAGCAGGGAGUGACCUCUUUGACCCCAAACUCAGGCCGGGCACUCAGGCAGUGAAGGUGGACCUCUAUCAAACCUACAUCUCCAACGGCAAAGAAGACACGUACAAAAGCACCCUGGGAACCUAUGGGAACCGGAAAUCCUACCAAGCAAACCUUGACUGCUACAGAAACGGCCUGAAUCUGGAUGGUGCACGCAGAUACUUCAACGAACAGGAGUGGAUCAGUAGAGAAAACUACUGAUGCUCUAAGGUGUUCAGCAGUGGAUGUCUCAGCGUGCGUGUGCAUGAGAGAGCGGGAAAAUCUGCAUGCACAUGGUUGUAAAUGUUUGUAAAGUACGUUUCUUAAAAUUUGGUGAGGACGAGCUGGAACUAUCUUUUUGCCACAAUUCAUUAUGUCUGUAGUCACAUAAACAAUUUAAACACCUCAUAAAAUAAUCACAAAAACAUGAUUUACAGUAACUGAGUAAAUUAAAUGAAGGUUUUGUCAUAUCACCUUUUCCCAAUUCUAUUUCUAAAACCUACACAGCCUGUUGGCUCAUCCCUGCUCGGUAAUUACUGAGGUCUAGGACCUACAUGUAUAUAAUACUAAAACUAGUAGAGGGAGGAAACCUGAUGUACAGUAAACGAGUCCACACUUUUUCAAUUUUGUAACUUUGGUAGAAUGUAUCUGAUCCCCUUGUUCCUCCAUUUAUUAAAGAUCUCAUGUCUUCUUUUGUGUAAACCAGAGCACGUCAAUGAGCGGACAGGUGGCUCACAUCACGAAUACAGACCAAGUGCCUGCAGCCUGACCACAGUAACAGCAUGACAAUGAAAUGAGAAGCAUCUAGCAUCAUUAUUAUUUAAGAAUGUCUAAUGUCUUGCCAUCUCAUGUAUGUGAGAACACUUGUGUGUUUGUUACAUAAAGAAAUUGAAAUAAAAAAAAAAUUCUCUCUG